UAAAGGUUUGAGUUUCACGCGUAUUCAGUAAUGUGGAUCUUAUUAUCUUUGUGUAGUGGUAAAAAUUAAUAAAUAAAUAAAAUGUAGCGAGAAACUCAUUUACUAUAGCAUCAUUCAUUUUAUAUUUCCCAAAAUAUUGGCUCAAUCGAAUAUCAAGCUACUCAGGAUUGAAUACCCUGAGCCAACAUAUGUGCUUAUUUAUUUAUUAUUUUUUAUAUUUCAAAAAUAAGCUUGUCAUUUUGGUGCUAGAAAUUGUAUUUGGCAGACUACGAGUACUUUCCUUAAAUAUGUAUCUGAAACCCAGACAGUAAUAUAAACAUUUUACAAGAAAUUACCACUGAUUGUGUUACUUAUCUUGUUAGUUUUUUUCCCCCUUCCUUCUAUUUGUUCUCUCAAAUAACUACUUUCCCUUUGGUUCUUUGCAUUGUUUUUAAAUGGUUUGCAGAAAGGUAUUGAUGAGAACUGGGCAGCUGCUCUUGAACACAAUCCUGAAGCUUUUGCAAGGGUGGUAUGUGUAAUUGACUGCCACAUGUAAAAACUGUACUUAUUAUUUCUUGGUAAAUGAGUUUUAAAUUAUUUUUGAACUUUUCAGGUCAUGUUAUAUGUUGACAUGGAAGUCAAUGGUGUCCCUUUGAAGGCAUUCGUUGAUAGUGGUGCUCAGUCAACAAUCAUAUCUACAAGCUGCGCUGAGCGCUGUGGAUUGUUGAGGCUUAUGGAUCAAUGUUAUAAGGGCAUUGCUCAUGGGGUUGGUCAAUCGGAGAUAUUAGGUCGGAUUCAUGUUGCUCCAAUCAAGGUUGGGAAUGUGUUUUACCCUUGUUCCUUCGUGGUUUUGGAUUCUCCUAAUAUGGAUUUCCUUUUUGGGCUGGAUAUGCUUCGUAAGCACCAGUGCAUAAUUGAUUUGAAGGAGAAUGUCUUGAGAGUUGGUGGAGGAGAGGUUUUAGUACCCUUUUUGCAAGGUUGUUUUGUGUUUCCCACACUAUCUGCACUACUUGCGUUAUUUACUUUUUCACUAGUGGUUAAUUUCCAUUGAAUUGAUUUGUUUGUCUGUGAUUUCUGGAUUUUUUGAAAAGCUUAAAUUUUGGAUUUAUUUCAGAAAAAGACAUUCCAACUAAUUUUCUGGAUGAAGUUGCAAAGCAAGCCUCAAGCUUUGGAGCACAGGUAGGG